AACCGACAUGUCUUUUUCCGCGUCCGACCGGUACUUGGAAUCCCAGAAGAAGAACUAUAUAAGUGGGUCAGUCCAUGCUACUUUCCCUCCACUCUUGCUUGCUCUUCUCUCUCGGUCUCGUACUUCCACGCUCAGAAACCUCACUCUCUCGCCGAUGGUGAUUCUCUCUAGCGAUCUCCAACCAAUUGCGUCCGAGCUCGCUGAGAAGGCACAGGAAGCCUUUCUGGACGACAACUUUCAACUGGCCGUAGACCUCUACACCCAGGCCAUUGACUUGACUCCCAACGACGCCAAUCUUUUUGCGGACCGAUCCCAGACCCAUCUCAAGCUCAACAAAUUCACUGAAGCGGUGGCCGAUGCAGACAGGGCAAUUCAGAUCAAUCCUUCGAUGGCUAAGGCUUACCAGCGUAAAGGCACUGCCUAUAUUAAGCUUGGUGAUUAUCAUACUGCUAAGGCAACCCUUGAGAUAGGUGCAUCUUUGUUGCAGAAUGAUUUCAGAUUCAUCAAGUUGAUUAAAGAAUGUGAUCAGCACAUCACAGAUGUUUGUGCGGAGGAAACUACACGAGAUUUGCCACCAAGUGCUGAACCCACUGCUGUUGCCUCUGAAUUAUCUGAUGAAACUGUUGUAACUCUUGAAAAAUUUAAGGAAGGAGACAAUACGUCCCAGCAGAUGAGCACCAUUACACCAGUCAUACCAAAAUACAGACAUGAAUACUACCAGAAGGCAGAGGAAGUGGUUGUCACAAUAUUUGCAAAGGGCGUACCAGCAAACAGUGUAGUUGUUGAUUUCGGAGAACAAGUUCUAAGUGUCACCAUUGAUGUCCCUGGUGAUGAUGCUUAUAAUUUUCAACGUCGAUUGUUUGGAAAGAUACUACCUGAGAAGUGCAGAUAUGUAGUAUUGUCAACUAAAGUUGAAAUCCGGCUUGUUAAAGCUGAAUGUUUCAACUGGCCAUCUCUUGAAUAUAGCAAGGAAAUUGCAGUAAGUCAAAAAGUAAAUGACCCAUCAGUUGGAUCUCAAAGGCCCGCAUAUCCAUCUUCCAUGCCAAGAAAAAAAGAUUGGGAUAAGUUGGAGUCACAAUUGAAGAAAGAGGAGAAAGAAGAGAAGCUAGAUGGUGAUGCAGCUGUAAACAAGCUGUUCCGAGACAUAUACCAAAGUUCAGAUGAGGACAUGAGGAGAGCUAUGAGCAAAUCUUUUGUAGAGUCAAAUGGGACAGUGCUGUCAACAGAUUGGAAAGAAGUGGGUUCAAAGAAGGUGGAAGGCAGUGCUCCUGAAGGUAUGGAGCUGAAGAAAUGGGAGUAUUAAUGCAAGCCGUACUCUAAGAUAAUAGUGGCUGCAAGAUCUUAUUGUGCUCUAUCAACAUUAGCCAUUUUGUAUUUUUUUUUUUUUUUUUAAUUGGCUUCUACUUUUGUCUAAGUUGUAAAUGAGGCACCAUCCCUAAUUAGGUUGGAUUAUGUUUUGAAGUUAUUGUAAUUGGCUUGAAUUUUUUAAUCGACUCUUUGUUGCGUCGAAGGAGACCGAAUACAGCUUGAGUUAUGUGGAACUGACAUUUUGGGUUUGUGGAUAACCUUAAUAUUUUCUCUAA